UUUAUUCAUUAAUGUGUCUUCCAAUUAGUUGUUUGAAAUGCAUAGUGGAAGUAGAGGCAAUCAUCAUAUUGAUAGUAGGAUUGUGUAGUUUUGGUUUUACAAUAUACUUAUAAAUUUAAUACUCUUCAUAUAACGAAAAUGAAGUAAAAUAUUUAUUUAUUUGAUAUUUAGUAAGGCGACUAGGGAAUUGGAACUGUAGCUAUAUUUUGGAUUAUUUCAGUAGCAAUGAUUCUGAAUGGUAUUAUAGGGAUUAUUGGUGGAAAAAAGAAAAGUUCUUGUCUAUUAUUUUUAUUUAAUAUGGUUAACAUUGUAAUACUUCUGGGAUUUAUUGCUCUCAUGAUUUUAGGAUACGUUUUAGCAAAUGAAAUUUAAGAUUUUAAUUAAGAGGAAUACUGUGCUGGAGAGCCAUCUUUGCAAUAGACUUGGCUGCUUGGAUAAAAUUUGAUUUGUUCCUCUAAUUGUCCGUGCUACAUUAAUAACCAAUAGACUAUCCCACCAUUUUAUCUACCGUAUUCAUCUUCAAAUAGCUCUGAUGUAGAUUUAUUUUUGAUAUUUAGGCAACUAAAGUUUAAGAUUGCCCUUAAUAUAAAAGUUGGUCUGAUAGUUAGAAAGCCUAGGCUUAGUUUUUUAGAAAUAUUGAAAAGAAUCAAGAUUGUUCUGGCUGGUGUUCUCCAUUUUCCUUAAAAAUUUUUUAUGAUAUUAAUAGCAAUCUAAAUCAAAAUGUAAAUUUUUAUCUAGUUUUAAUAGACUUAACAAUGUACAAUUGAAGCUCAACAAUCAUUAGUAGAUACAUGCUAAAUUAUAGGUGAUACUUCUGCUGCAUUAACUGGAAUAAUGGGGUUAUUGGUUAUUUUUACUUUUUGUUUAUGCUGUCAUCCAACCAGAAAGGAUUAAAAGAGUUAUUAUGAAAGAUUAGCUUAUCAGAACGAUUGAUAUUAUUAUAAAUAGAAUUAUUUGUAAUUGGG